AUGGCGCCGAGAAAGACGUCCCAGUCGACUGCCGCCGAGGUGUCGCUGGUUCAUCUGCAGAACUGCCUUGUGAACCUGCCCGCAUCCCUGGCCUCGCUGCUCGCCAAUGUCAACACUCCCGCCCAGAAUGUCAUCGUCGAGCUCAGCUACCGCGCGCCCGCCCUUCCAGCAGCUGCUGGCGCCGCCGCCUCCCCGUCGGCCCCGAAGUCCAUCUACGUGGGGUGGACGGGCAUGCCCAGCAAGAGGCGAAUCACCCCCAUCGUCAGCAGAGAUGGCAUCAAUGGGGGCCGCGGCGCUUCGGCGCGCGACCAGGAAGUGCCCCUCGUCGAGCUAGACGCUACGCUCGCCGCCACCGUCGGCCUGCAGGACGGUCAGAGGGUCAUGGCAAUCAUACACCUGGACCCGCCAUUGGCGCACACUGUCAACAUCGAGCCCCUGACGCCCGAGGACUGGGAGAUGAUUGAGCUGCACGGCACUUUCUUAGAAGACAACCUGCUGUUCCAGAUCCGCGCUGUGCCCAACCCCGCCUACGCUCCAGGCGGAGUUGUUGCCGGUGCUCACUCGCUCACGCUGCACCUGUCGCCGACCUCGACUGCCAACGUCAAGGUCCUGUCGCUCGACCCCCCGUUGCCCGCCGAUGCUGUCUUCGCCAAGAUUGCCCCCGACGCCGAGGUUAUUGUCGCGCCAAAGACUCGUCCCAAGCUGCGGAGCAAUAAGGACAAUAAGAGCGUGGGCGGCGCCUCGAGGAAGAGCGGCAGGAGCUCCGCAAGCACCGUCCGGAGGAAGAGCGCCCGGGAGGAGAAGAAACCCGUCUUCUUCUUCCGCGGCAUUGAUCGCAAACACUGCCAGGACUGGUUCGACGAGCAACAGCCGACUGAGGAUGUCAGCAUAUGGCUUGACCGUGAUCUACUCUCCGCCAAGGACUUGAAGGGAGUGAGGUGGGUGUCUGUCACGGUCGUACGGCCCGCCGGUCUUCAACCCGCAGCUAUUGACCCCCAACACCCAGCGCAAGACAGAGAGGCUGCCGCAAAAGCAGCCGUUAAAGUCGUCUCACGUCUCCGAGCUUGGGAUGAGCCCCCGGAUGGCCAGACAACCGCGCUCUCGUCAUCGUUGUGCGCUGCUCUCGGAUGUCUAGGCAUGGUGGGCGGAGUUGUCAAGGUUGAGCCUGCUCCGACCCAGCUAUCCCGGAAGAGCGUCCCGGAUAAAGACGGUCUGGUACAUGAGACAGUUCAAAAGUUGAAAAUAUACCCCUUCCAGUCGCCAAAGGCUGUUACAUCGUCAGGCCUCAAAUUCGGUGGGCAGUCCAAGGCCGAGCGGGAGGAGGCUGCGAACCAGGUCAAGCACAUAUACGGCGUCGAUUUUCUGGCAGGACCCCUUACCGACGGACAGGUUCUUGGGUUGCACGAUGGCUUGAAACUCCCACGGAGCUGGGAAGGAGGCAUCGUAAGAUUCGAACCGUCUUCUGCGCCGUCUCAGGGCUCUACAAAGAAGCCUCUCAGCUGGAUCCUGGGCUCCGAAUGGAAGCUUCCCAUUGCGGUUCAGCCCGCAAUCCCCAAGCCAUCGUGGCUAUCCGACGUCGAUGCCGAAUCGGCUGGCGAUGCGCCUUCCUCCUUACUCGUCGGCAUUGACACACUCCUCGAGAAGCUUCGAUCCCAUCUCUCUCACAUGUCGUCUGUCCUGUUGACUGGCGGCCAAGGCUCGGGCAAGACGUCCGUGGCACAGUCAGUUGCUCGUAGCCUGCGAUCAGGACAACUAUUCCACACAACAUACUUCUCUUGCACAAAACUUGUCAACGACGAGAGCAAGAUAUCUACUGUCAAGGAAACACUCACUCGUCUUUUUAUGGCCGCCAGUUGGGGUGCCAGACUUGAUGGCAAGGCUGUGGUCAUUCUCGACGACAUUGACCGGCUUUGUCCAGCUGAGACCGAGCUGCAGGUUGGCAACGAGAAUGGACGGAGUCGGCAGAUCAGUGAGGCGAUAUGUUCCAUCGUCAGGCAAUAUUGCGGCCGAGACAGCAAUGUGGUCUUGCUGGCCACCUGUCAAGGGAAGGAUUCGUUGCACAAUGUUCUCGUGGGCGGCCACGUCGUCCGCGAGAUUGUCGACCUAUUAGCCCCAGAUAAGGAGACAAGGAGGCGCAUAUUAGAAGCUCUUGCCGCUCAGGGCUCGGUCGCUUUUCAAGAAGAUGGGUUCGUCGAUGACUACGAGCAUGCCAGUCGCCCAACCACUAGAGAUGGAAGCGCUGCCGGCGAUGAGGAAGACGGCUGGAUGGACGGCGAGAUCCAACCGAGGCAAAGAAACGCUUUGGAGAGACCGAGCGGGUUCAUCCUCGACUCUGACCUCGACUUUCUUGACAUUGCCGGCCAAAUCGAUGGUUACAUGCCUGGCGAUCUGAUUCUUCUCAUCGCCCGAGCUCGGAAUGAAGCGCUGAGCCGGAGCGUCGGGGAAUCGACAACUUUUGAUGCCCCCACAAUCCGUCUCAGCCGGACGGAUUUUGACAAGGCUCUCAAGGGGUUUACUCCGGCGUCCUUGCGGAAUGUCACACUCCAGAGUUCGACUACUACGUUUGCCUCUAUUGGUGGACUGCAAGAGACGCGACGGAUCCUGCUCGAAACACUACAGUACCCAACCAAGUACGCUCCUAUCUUCGCCCAGUGCCCGCUUCGCUUGCGGUCUGGCCUCUUGCUCUAUGGCUACCCCGGCUGCGGCAAGACACUGCUGGCCAGUGCCGUAGCGGGCGAGUGCGGUCUCAACUUCAUCAGCGUCAAAGGGCCUGAGAUCUUGAACAAGUACAUCGGUGCGUCCGAGAAGAGCGUCCGAGAUCUCUUUGAGCGAGCCCAGGCGGCAAGGCCCUGUGUGCUGUUCUUCGACGAGUUUGACUCCAUCGCGCCAAAGCGUGGUCACGACUCUACUGGUGUCACGGACAGAGUUGUCAACCAGCUUCUCACUCAGAUGGACGGCGCCGAAGGACUGUCAGGCGUCUAUGUGCUCGCGGCCACCUCGCGCCCCGAUUUAAUAGACCCGGCACUCCUACGGCCAGGCCGUCUCGACAAGUCACUGUUGUGUGACUUCCCGAAUCUCGAGGACCGUCUCGACAUCAUCAAGGCACUUGCCCAGAAGGUCAAAGUUGAAGACAACGUCUGGAACUCGGAGGACGACCUGCUCGAGCUCGGCCGCCGUACCGAAGGCUUCACGGGUGCAGAUCUCCAAGCGCUCGUCUCGAAUGCGCAGCUCGAAGCGAUUCACGACGUCUUGAAUGACCGCGAGCAACCCAGCUCACUCGCUGCUGGCGGUGGCAGCGGGGGCAGCCACAGCCGUCGCAGUGCCGUCAAAAAGACCGCUGCAGCGCCAGUCCGCAACUUUGUGCAGUUUCGAUACGGCUCCGACAGCACCACUCCGGAUGGCGGCGCCACAGAUGCUGCCACCCCCUGGAGUAGGUCAUCUGAGCUCGCUGAGCAGGCCGCCAUCUCGGCAAAACUCGAAAGUAUGAAGCUCGCCCGUAAGCGCGCCAAGCAGCUCACCAAGGCCGGGACCGUCUCCAGCAACGCCCUGGGCCUAUCAGGCGCUGCGGGCGACGAGAAGGGCGCCGCCGCCGGCAGCAGCGAGGUCGUGCUCGGCUGGAAGCACCUGAUCAAUGCGCUCGGGGACACGCGUGCCAGCAUCAGCGUCGACGAGCGGCGCCGCCUGGAGAAGAUCUACCGCGAGUUCGUCGUCGGGCGCAGCGGCGAGAUGAGGGACGGUCAGGGAAGCAUGGAGGUCGGCGGGCGGAGCAGCUUGAUGUGA